AUUUGAUGCUCUGGACGUCUAACUGGGAGGGGUUAGGAGUCCAGGACAGAAGGCAGUUAUAGCCCGAAGUUGUGCUGUUUACUGCAGGUCAGAGAGACGGUUUUAGAGACUGUGUCGACAUUGGAGAGUCUUCCUGGGGAUAUAUAUAUUUAUUUUUAGUUGUUGUUGCUGUAUCUGGGCUAGCUAACGGUUCACCGCCGUUGGUAUGUGUAUGCACGCCAAAGGACAGCAACUGAGUUGUCUCUCGCCGAAGGAGCCGGUCUCGAUCAAAGCCAGUGAUCAAGAAGCUUGCGAUGUCUGUCCUAUCAAGGGUCCGGGAGUGGGUUAGGAUGAAGCGAGGCAGCAGGAUGGAGAUGUCCUGUCUGGAGCUGGCCCUGAAGGGGGAGAGGCAGUGUAAGGUGGGGGAUUACCAUGCUGGGGUCUCCUUCUUUGAGUCGGCCAUCCAGGUGGGCACAGACGACCUCCAGAUCCUCAGCGCCAUCUACAGCCAGCUGGGCAACGCCUACUUUCACCUGCAGGAGUACAGCAAGGCUCUGGAAUACCACUGCCAUGACCUCACCCUCACCAGAACCAUUGGGGAUGAACUUGGAGAAGCAAAAGCCAGUGGUAACCUUGGAAACACCCUGAAGGUUCUGGGACGGUUUGAUGAAGCAGUGGUCUGUUGCCAAAGACACUAUGACAUUACCAGAGGGAUGUACGAUAAGGUUGGGCAGGCCCGAGCGCUGUAUAAUUUUGGCAACGUUUACUACUCCAAGGGGAAGAGUAUCUGCUGGACUGGAGCAGAGCCAGGAGAAAUCCCAGAGGAGGCCAAGUUUGCUCUAGUCAAAGCCACAGAGUAUUACGAAUUAAACCUGUCCAUUGUGAAGGACUUGGAGGAUCGGGCAGCGCAGGGACGAACCUAUGGUAACCUAGGUAACGCAUACUAUCUGCUCGGAAACUUCCAGAAAACUGUGGGGGCCCAUGAACAGCGUCUCCUCAUCGCUAAGGAGUUUGGCGACAGGGCGGCUGAGAGGAGGGCCUACUGUAACCUAGGGAACGCCUACAUCUUCCUGGGCCAGUUUGGAGUGGCAGCUGAACAUUACAAGAGGACUCUGCAGCUGGCUAGGCUGCUGAAGGACAAGGCUGUAGAGGCUCAGGCCUGUUACAGUCUGGGGAACACCUACACACUGCUGCGCGACUACGACAGAGCCAUCGACUACCACCUCAAACACCUCAUCAUCGCACUGGAGCUCAAGGACAGAGUUGGGGAGGGAAGAGCAUGCUGGAGUUUAGGAAAUGCCCACACGGCCCUGGGGAAUCAUCAGGAUGCUAUUCACUUUGCUGAGAAACAUCUGGAGAUCUCUAAAGAGACUGGAGACAAAAGUAGCGAGGCAACAGCCAGGAUGAACUUGUCAGACCUGAAGUUAUUGCUGGUUCUGGGACAGAACCCAAGCUCAAGCCUCAACACCAACAGCAGCUCCAACUUGAACAGCAACAGCUCUGUUCGGACUGAGAACCUCAGGAAGCAGAAUACCUUACCAGGCGUUAAGUCAGAAGGAAGGAGUAACAGUAUGGAGAACUUGGAGGUGGCAGGACUGAGUCCUGAGAAAACUGUGGAGAACUGGGACGAAGGCGUGUUCAGGCCUCCUAAUCCUAAAUCCAGCAUGGCCAAGGCCUCCUCCAAGCUGUUCUUUAUCAACCGGCUCAGAGGGAAGAAACACAAGAAGCACAGCUCUCCUACCAGAGACGGAGUUCUCCAGGACACCAGGAACAAACCAACAGCCCCAGAGAUGGACACACAGAAGUCAGAAGCCACGAUUGGAGGUUCUGACACUCUGGGUGAUGAAGGCUUCUUCGACCUCCUAAGUCGUUUCCAGGGCAGCAGAAUGGAAGACCAAAGAUGCUCCUUAUUGGACGACCAGAGCAGUCUCAUCGACCCAUUCUCUCUCUGUACCACCCCACCCGUAGCCAUGAGGAAAUUACCUACUUCCGCGUGCGAGGCCAACCUGGAGCCCGGGCAUUUCCUGGACCUGCUGGCCACCUCCCAGGGCCGUCGGCUGGACGAGCAGAGAGCCAGCGUGGGCAGCAGCUUCCCCGGUCUACGUCUCUGCAGCUCCAAUCAUUCCCUCAGCCCCCCCACCGCGCGCAGUCCCCUGAUGACCAGUACUGACCAGCCUCAGGCUGAUGACGUUUUCUUCGACAUGCUAGUCAAGUGCCAGAGUUCUAGACUGAAUGACCAGCGGUGUACAGUCCCCACUAAGGGUUCUACUGUCCCAGACGAGGACUUCUUAAGCCUCAUCCUGCGAUCCCAGGUCAACAGGAUGGACGAGCAGCGGGUCCCACUACCUCCCAGCUCUGACGCUGUCCCUAGCCAGCCCUGCUCAGAUGGCCCAGACUGAUGCCCUAUAUGUCUGCCUACCUGUCCUCUAACUUCAGCUCAUUCCUGAACUCCUCACAGCCUGUUCCAGACUGACUAUCCCACUUUUACCUGCCCAGACACGAGCUCCUGAUGCAAUCAUCACAGGGUUUCCUCUACCACAGCUGAAAAAUGUAUCUACCCUGUGAAUCCAAAUAACCCCUGCCAGACAUUCACAACACUAUUCCCCUUUACACUCUGGAUUCACACAGCCGGGCUCAGACAGUCAAUUACAUGGGUCUCCAACUCCACACAACUUUCAAUGGAUUAGUGGACCGUCUUCUCUGCAGGGAAACAUGAUCUGAGCCCCCACACUACUGUAGAAUCACCAGGUUUGAGUUGGAAGAAGCGACAUGAACUUGACUCCUGCUGAAAUGUUUGAAUUGUGUUUUUAUUUCUAUACAGUGUUUGAGUUGACACUUUCUAUUAUUGUACAGAAAUGUUAUUCUGCCAGAGAUGUUCAUUUGUUUUCUAUGGUGAUGAAUCCUUUCAGCUGUUCUCCGUAUGUGAAGAACCAGACAUUGCAAUGAACUUUGACACCAAUUUACCAGACAUGUCAUAAACACCUUUUUAAUGAAAUGUAGACACACACACACAAGCUUAUGUUGAUAGAGUAAAAAAAAUGUAUUGUACAGGCCAGCAAUGGUUUUUUUACUUCCAGUUUAUGCUGACCAUGGGGAAAUAAAUCAUUUUAACACUU